ACAGCUUCUCUUUCAGUCUUGGGGAAUACUAAAAGAGCUGGUAGGCUCCAUGUAGGGCGUGCUAUGACAGCGUCUUUACUCCUCCAUUCUCGCUGGAUUGACCCGGUGAUGUUUCUGUAUGACAACGGCUUGGAUGAUAUGAACAAAAACAUGGAAGGAUUUGUGGGAGGCAAUUUUGCUGCGAAUCAGUGCAGGAAUCUUAUUGCUCAUCCGUCUUCUUUGGCCCCGAGCACGACUUACACGUCGAGUGAGGUGCCCGGGUCGGGCAUGGGAGAACCUGUCAAACAAUGCAGUCCCUGCUCAGCUCAGAAUUCACCCGGUGCUUCUUUGCCCUAUGGAUAUUUUGGCGGCAGCUACUACCCAUGCAGGAUGCCAAAGUCCUGCACGCAGCCCACCUCCUAUGGGGAAAAAUACAUGGACACGUCUGUUUCUGGAGAGGAGUUCCCUUCUCGUGCUAAGGAAUUCGCCUUCUAUCAGGGUUAUUCGUCUGGCCCUUACCAACCUGUGCCAAGUUAUCUUGACGUGCCAGUGGUACCUGCGCUGAGCGCCCCUGCGGAACCAAGACACGAGUCUCUUCUGCCUGUGGAGACGUACCAACCCUGGGCAAUUACGAACGGAUGGAGCAGUCCGGUGUACUGCCCAAAAGAUCAAACGCAGUCAAACACCCUCUGGAAAUCGUCUAUUCAAGAGAGCGUAUCGGCUGCUGAAGGAGCCUCAGUUCGUCGAGGAAGAAAGAAGCGGGUUCCAUAUACCAAGGUUCAAUUAAAGGAACUAGAACGAGAAUAUGCCACAAAUAAAUUCAUCACUAAGGACAAACGAAGAAGGAUAUCAGCUCACACAAACCUGACCGAACGACAAGUGACCAUCUGGUUUCAAAACAGGCGGGUGAAGGAAAAAAAAGUGGUCAACAAAUACAAGGGUAUCAGUUAAGAUUUGAAAAAUGUUAAAACUGAAAUACCAAUGUGGUAUAAAUGGAAGGACCUUCAACAUUAUUUAUUCUGAAACCCAUUCCAUCUUCGGUUCUACGUCAUGAGAUGCGCAGGAGUAAACGAAAAAUUUGUAUUUUACAUCUAUGUGUACAGACUGUCACGUCACGACAUUGGCACGGGGCAAAAUAAACAGUUCAGAACAAUGUACACAUAUUCACCACUUUUUAAUUCAUUUUCAUCUGUAAUGUCUUUAUAAGAAAGACCUGAAAGGAAUGUCAACUGCUUUCAACACAUUCACACAAUGUAAAAUAAGUAAGAGACAAAACCAUAGCUGGGUAUGUAGCUUAUUUUUUAUUAAGAUAAGGUUAUUUUCACAAAAACAGAACUGUACAUUGGAGACUGUGGACUUGCACACGCUGCGUAACUGAUGAGUCGAUAAUCUUAAGUCUUGUACACUAAAUAAUAGAUUACAUUUCUCCCCUUUUACACAGUGUAUUUGUAAAUAAAUAGCCGCUUCCAGGCAUCUUGCGAAAUAUACACAUUCCCCUGUGUUAUUGCAGAUAAUAUGCAAAUAAAACUUCCCAUAUCAAGUGAUAGACAUACACAUUUGAAUCGUGUUAAUUACUCACAAACCGUGUCAAAAUAUUUAAAACAGCAAAUCUAUUAUUUUGUUACAGUUUACAUUACAUUAAGUAGCCUAUACCUUGGCAAAUAGGCUGAAACAGAAAGUAAAUCAGCUCUUAAUGUGGGUUAUUUAAACAAAAUUAUUUUAUUUAUUUUAUUUUUAAAAAGAGUAAGUGUAAUAUUUCCCCCUUUUGCCAAUUUAUUGCUGCAAGUUAAAUCUAUCGUCUUGGAAAAUGUUUUCUAAAGUUUUUUCUACAGGCUUCAUGGUGCUGCCAUCUACUGUCAAAUAGAGGUCAUUGCAUUUUUUUACCAGGCUCAGUUAAUAUUUUGUAUCAAAUGUACUGCAGAAAAAAAUAAACAACAUAGAUAAUAUAAAUAAUAUAAGAAUACACUCUUAAAAAUAAAGUUUCCUAAAGUAUUCUCGAUCGGUGCUGUAUUUCAUUAAAAAACUUUAACAGUCACAGAAUGUUUCUUUUGCAGAAAAUGUUUUUUUGUAGUGAAAAAGCUUUCCACUGUUAAAAAGUAGGAAAUAAAUGUUUAUUUUAAGAUUUGUUGACUGGUUCUUCUAUGGCACAGCAGUGAAGAACCCUUUAUUGAACCUUUAUUUUUAAGAGUGUCACGCUGUGUCUUCUAGACGUCUAUAUUUUUCUAUGACAAUGUCUCUUUUGUACACACUUACAACUACAUUGUAGAAAGCACUAACAUGCAGUUGCUAUUUUUACUUACCCAUAAAAUGACGUGGUUUAUUGUUGUAUUUAGGUUGAUUCAGAAACGUAUAAAACAAUAAAUGAAACCAGCUAUUUUAAAUAA